AUGAGUUCCACCUCUAGACCGCCUCUCAUGACGCCCGAGGUACUCAACGAAACCGUCAUUUUAUAUGUUGGACCCAAGAGAGAGAAGUACAUUGUUCAUAAAAAGGUGUUGUGCGACCAGUCAGAGUUCUUCAAUGCCGGUUUCAACAAAGGUUUUGAAGAGGGAUCCAAUGGUGAAAUGUAUCUUCCUGAAGAUGAUCCUGCUGCCUGUGCUGAUCUUAUCGAAUAUUUAUAUCGCGGUACCCUUCCAUAUGCCGACGAAACGACCACUCGUCCCAUGCUAGAACUUUACUGUCUAGCAGAAAAGAUCUGCAUGCCAUUAUUGAUGGAUGAACUUAUGGAUAAGAUUAUGGAAGUCCACAUGAUGAAGUACCCAGGAGGUUUUGCUGCAGGGCCGGUUCAAUCUAUUCACAAUCAUACUCAUAGCACAAGUAAGCUUCGACUAUACGCUUCGGCUAUGUUGGCUUUCGCGAUACAUGUUGCAACUAAGGACCCAGAAAGAGCUAUAGAAAAUUACCUCCCACUCAACAAAUCUUGCCCAGAGCUCUUCGUAGAGAUUUUCCAGAUUAUUUCUACGCAUAGAGCAUUUUUCGUCAAUUUAGGUAGUGCACCAAAAGCUGUUAAGGAUGCUUUUGGACCAUGCGGCUUUCAUGUUCAUAGUCCCGAUGGUAUCUGCUAUAGGAACGCUAAGGGGUCCAAGACAACGGGGAACGAGAAGAAUGACUUAAGCAGGCCAUCUACAUAA